GGCAUGACACGGACUCCAGCGCUCGUAGUAAUAUACUGCGGGGUGCGGCGGUGGGGGUAGAGAAGCGGGGAAUGCACACCAUUGACCAUCCAUUUGCGCCCGCGUCUUUGACGACUGUGUACCUACGUGUUUUUUUCGGAGACCAGUUUUUUACGUUUUUUAUUCCAACAUGGAGGAAAAAUUAAUAACAUUAGUUCAAGCCUAUGAUUAUUUAUAUAAUAUGUCAUCAAAACAUUAUAUGAACACUCAAAUGAAGAACAAUGCGUGGAGAAUAAUUGGGACAGAAAUGAAUAAAACAGGUGAAGAAUGUCAGAAAAUAUGGAGUAAUAUACGUAAUAAUUUUAGGAAAGCUCUGAAUAACAGAAAAACAAAGAGUGGUGACCCGUACACAAAGCGACGCCCUAUCAAGUUUGAAAAAGAGCUGGAGUUUUUGAAAAAAUUCAUUCAGCACAGAAAACAAACCUCGAAUUUGGACUCCUCUUCAGAGGAUACGCAGACUUCUUUUGCAGAAUCCGCUGUCGUUGAUAGCGAUGAACGUUCAGUUUCGCGAAUGACCAAUGAUUCACACCAUUCCUCAAUAAUACCAGAACCUACAACAACUGCUGAAAUACUAAAUAAAUAUAUUGAAUCGAAAAAGGAGGUGGACGCCAUUGAUUCGUUCUUUCAAACAAUGGCUGCCACAGUAAAAAAGCUACCAAAAAGAGAGCAGGUCCGAAUAAAGAGACAAAUAUUUAAUAUGGUAACUGACGCCGAAUUAAACUACAUAGAGGGAACUCCAGCUCCAACAUCUGAAGAUGUCUCUACCAAUUUGCAACAUCAACGACCAUGCCGUACCGCUUUUACUUCAAGAUCUGGCUGUGGAACCGCGGCAGGCUUGGGCUAUGAAGCUGUAUCAGGAUCUGGCUAUGAAACCACCUCAAGAUCUGGCUAUGAAACCACCUCAAGAUCUGGCUAUGAAGCAGCUUCGGGGUCUGACUUUGGAACCGCCUCAGGCUCCGGUUAUGAAGCAGCUUCGGGGUCUGGCUUUGGAACUGCCUCAGGCUCUGGUUAUGAAGCAGCUUCGGGGUCUGGCUUUGGAACUGCCUCAGGCUCUGGUUAUGAAGCAGCUUCGGGGUCUGGCUUUGGAACCGCCUCAGGUUCUGGCUAUGAACCUGCUUCACGGUCUGGUUAUGAAACCGCCUCGGGCCCUGGCUAUGAAGCUGCUUCAGGGUCUGGCUACAAAACUGCAGUUUCUGAAUACGAAACUAAUCUAAAGUAG